UACGUCGCAAUGGCGUCCGCGGCGGCGCUGCUGCUGGCGGCUGCCGUAGUCGCCUUGCUGGCAUGCCUGGCACUCGCGGACCCGCCGGCGAGCGAGCAGUCGGCGCUGCUGGCGUUCCUCGCGGCCACCCCGCACGAGCGCAAGCUCGGGUGGAGCGCCUCCACGCCGGCCUGCGCCUGGGUCGGGGUCACCUGCGACGCCGCCAACUCCACCGUCAUCAAGCUGCGCCUACCCGGCGUCGGGCUCGUCGGCCCCAUCCCGCCGUCCACCAUCGGCCGCCUCAGGAACCUCCAGGUGCUGUCCCUCCGCGCCAACUGCGUGUCCGGGGCCAUCCCCGACGACAUCCUCCGGCUCUCCGCCCUCCGCUCCGUCUUCCUGCACGACAACGCCAUCUCCGGCGCCAUCCCGCCGGGGGUCUCCGGGCUCGCGGCGCUCGAGCGGCUCGUGCUGUCCCACAACAACCUGUCUGGCCCCAUCCCGUUCGCGCUCGGCGGCCUGGCCGCGCGGAGCGCGCUCAGGCUCGACGGCAACCGCCUGUCUGGCAAGAUCCCCAGCAUCGCCAACCCGGGGCUCAAGGUGUUCAACGUCUCCGACAACCGGCUCAACGGGUCCAUCCCGCGGGCGCUCUCGCGGUUCCCCGCCGACGCCUUCGCCGGGAACCUCCAGCUGUGCGGCACGCCCCUGCCCCCCUGCAGCCCCUUCUUCCCGUCCCCGUCGCCCGCGCCAGGGACGGGCCCGAGCGACGGCAAGCCACCGAAGAAGAAGAAGAAGGUAUCCACCGCGGCGAUCGUCGGCAUCAUCGUGGCCGCCGUGGUCGCCGCGCUGCUGCUGCUUCUGGCCAUCCUGUUCUGCUGCAAGAGGUCCCAGCGAGGCGCGCGCGUAGACGGCGCAAAAGGCACGGCGGCCGCGGCGACAGGCACAACAAGACCGCCGGCGUCGUCCGGCGACGGCACAGGCACGGCGUCCUCGCCAAAGGACGACGCCGGAACCUCCGGGUCUGUGGCCGCGGCGGCGGCGGGAGGCGGGACGGGGGAGGCGAGCCGGCUGGUGUUCGUGGGGAAGGGCGCGGGGUACAGCUUCGACCUAGAGGACCUGCUGCGCGUGUCGGCGGAGAUGCUGGGGAAGGGGAGCGCGGGGACGUCGUACAAUGCUGGGGAAGAAUGUGUUUCCCAAUGUUGAACAAAGGGAAUGUUUUUACCAUCUUAUGAAGAAUUUUUCAAAAAGGUUCCACGGAUUUGGAAGGAUGUAUCCUGCAGCAAGGGCUUAUAGGGAAGACGUGUUCACUGAACAUAUGACAAAAAUCA